CCUCAAUGGACGGUAGGCGAUCACGGAGAGAGAGAGAGAGAGAGAGCGCACGGCAUUACCCGUCCCUCUUCCACUUCACCUAUGUGAUGAGAUGACAGUCCGCUGGCGGCAGUGCUGGUCCGGCAACCUCGCCUCGCACCUACUCACUCACUCCCAAUCCUCCCCGUGCUACCGGACCGCUCGAUGGUUAGACAAACCGAUAAGAAACCUCAUGAUUUUAGCGAAGAGGCCCUGGCCCUAGGCCAGCAGCGGGCUGCCGAACGCUGCGCUCCGGACGGAUGGCAGAGCGGCUUGGACUGUUGAAGCUAUGCUAUAAUACUCAGAGCUGUACGAAAAACUGAAGGGGGAGCGUUCAGCCCUAACCGAGGGAAUUGUCUCUCUCUAAGCCCUGUGGGCUAACCUUUUUCUUGCUGGAAGACACGGUAGAGACCUAAACGCAGCUUAUCUUUCAUUUUCAGGCUCAGUACACGGACGAAGAAAUCCAUACGGUGGACAACAUGGACCAAUUCAUGGAAUGGGCGAUAGACGGCGACCGCGAGUCCUUUUUCAAAGAAAUUCACCCCGAUCUACCGGACUACGACCAACAUAUGAAGCAGAUGGAGGACCAAGAGCCGUCGGGCAGACUGAGCCCGGUCCCAGAGGUCAUGGAUAUUGACCUUGAUAUUCGCCCAGAAAGCAGUUUUGACAGAUUUUGCCACUCUCCCUUCGACCUCAGAGACUUAGUGAACAGCCCAGUCGGUCCAGAGGACAUCGCCGACGACGCGGUCGAGGGAGAGGCCGUAGACGAGGGGGACGACGCGGUCGAGGGAGAGGCCG